CCCGGCGGGGGUGGGCCGUGCCCGCGCGGGCGGCCCGGGGGGGCCGAGCCGAGCUCGUCUCGGAGCCCGUCACACGCCGGUGCUCCGGUCAUUAACCGCGGGGAUCUGUCCGCCGACAGAACGCUCCCUUUUUUUUUGUUGAGUGAAUGACACCAGCCCUUGUCGAAACUCUGCUUUGCUCUGUGUAGGUUUGUGGAAAACGUAGAUUUCCAAAAUGAAUAAAGAUGCGCAGAUGAGAGCAACCAUUAACCAAAAGCUAAUAGAAACAGGAGAGCGAGAACGCCUUAAAGAGUUGCUGAGAGCCAAGUUAAUUGAAUGUGGCUGGAAGGAUCAGUUGAAGGCACAUUGCAAAGAUGUCAUUAAAGAAAAAGGUUUAGAGCAUGUUACCGUUGAUGAUUUGGUGGCAGAAAUCACUCCCAAAGGCAGAGCUUUGGUACCAGACAGUGUAAAGAAAGAACUCUUGCAAAGAAUAAGAACCUUCCUUGCUCAGCAUGCCAGUCUUUAACUUUGACAUUUAUCUGGGAUACAGUUUCCUGUAUUACAUCAAUCAUGUCAGGAUUGGAAUGCAGUCUGCGUACUUAAGGAAGAAAAACCAUUAAGUUUUCUUCACACUGCAUCAAUUGUUUAAACUUGGUGUUAUUUUAAUAAAAAAUUUUGUGGACUCAUGGUUCUGAGGUGAUUCUCUCUCUCAGUGGACUGUAAUGUGGUGUCACUUGUUCCAGUUUUUAGUAAACCAUAACUUUAUACAAUUGUGGAACCUUGCAAAGUUUUUCAGAAAAGAAGCGCAUUUAACAAGUAUGUUGACCAGAAAUGCAGAGAAGUAUAUAAAAAAGUGUGGAAAAUGGGAUACUGCUGAGCAUAGCCAUUCUGAUUUUCUCAGCGUAAGCAGGAGAAGUUAAGACUAUGUGAAACUGUUGGUGAAAUUCCUUUUAUAUUUCUUUUUUAGCGAAUGAAUUGUUUGAAGUCUCUGACAUGGGUUGCAAGUAUUUACUCAGCAAUUCAUAAGAUGUUGAAUUCUUCAAGAAAAAGGCAGUUGUAUCUUUCAUCAGUAAUUCUUUUCACAUUUACUUUGAGUCGCUAUUCUAAUUCUGAACUACUGCUGUUUUCUAGCCUUGCCCAUAUUACUGUUAUUUUUUUAAUGUGGAUCUUUGGGGCCUUUUGAAAUUGAAGUAUAGUUCAAUAAAACUGCCACU